AUGCUUGUCCUGGCCCUGCCCCUCGUACUCGCUACUUUUGAUGCCAGAGAAGCCACCAUUUCAUCCACACACCAUGCUUUGUUCACAGGUCUGGCGACAUGUCGAGAAGUGGUGUCCUCGUUUCUCUCGCGCAUUGAAGCCUUCAACAACGAAACGAACGCCAUCAUCUCUCUCAAUCCUAGAGCGCUCGAGAUCGCGGACGAGUAUGAUGGCGAAAUCCAGCGGAACCAUGGUUCAUACGGCUCGCUCUUUUGUGUUCCGACACUUUUGAAGGACAAUUACGAUACAGCUGAUAUGCGCACCACAGGGGGGAGUGUGGCGCUCCGUGAGUCUCAACCAACGCUGGAUGCACCCGCUGUGAAGGUCCUGAAAGACUCCGGCGCCAUCAUCAUUGGCAAGGCUAAUCUGCACGAACUUGCUCUCGAGGGACUCAGUGUAUCAUCGUUGGGCGGCCAAACCAUGAAUCCAUAUGACAGGACGCGAACCCCGGGUGGCAGCUCUGGCGGCACGGGCGCAGCUAUUGCUGCAAGUUUUGCCGUCUGGGGAACAGGCACCGAUACUGUCAAUAGCCUGCGCAGCCCCGCGAGUGCUAAUGGGUUAUUCAGCUGCAGACCUACCAGGGGACUCAUCUCAAGAAGCGGCGUGAUCCCAAUUAGCUAUACUCAAGACGUGCUUGGGCCGAUUGGUCGAUGCGUCAAAGAUAUUGCUGUCGCGCUGACAGUCAUGGCUGGUACACCAUACGACCCAUCUGACAAUGCCACCGCUCUUGUGCCAAGUGGGAUUAGGGGUAGCGAUUUCAGCCAAGGAUUGACCCAGGGCUCACUGGAAGGGCUUCGUUUUGGUCUGCUAGAGGGCUUCUUCAACCGUACUGUUUCUGAUGAGACGGAUCCUGUCAACCAAGCCAUGGCGAACAUGACAGCCAAAUUACAAGCAGCAGGGGCUACCAUUAUUCCCAUCACAGAUGAAAUGUACAACGCAACCGCAAUCGCCAGUUUGGACACUCAACGCUACGAGUUCCGCGAGUCUCUGGAUGCCUAUCUCCAGCGGCCUUCCCUCUCCGGUUCUCAUCCUACCACUACAAACGAGCUCUACACUUCCGAUGGAUACCUGGUCAUACCCGCACAAUACGAAUAUGUCAAUACCGCCUUACUCAGCUCCACAGCCAACACGACGACAACAACGACGACGACAUCCACAACCAAGCCAUCGUACGCAACCAUCAUGUCCCGAAUCCACAAUCUGACCCUCGCACUCCACGCCACAUUAGUGGAAAAUCGCCUCGACGCACUCCUCUAUCCCGAACAGAAGAAUUUGGUCGUGAAAAUCGGCUCGCCGUCACAAAGUGGUAGAAACGGUAUUCUUGCUGCACUCACCGGUACGCCCGUCGUCACUGUUCCUGUGGGAUUCAGUGCAGCGACCGAGGACGCGCCUGAGGGAGUACCGAUUGGGAUGGAAAUUCUAGGCUCAGCUUGGACAGAAGGGAAAUUAUUACAAAUUGCAUCUCACAUUGAGAGGUUGGGAAGAGUGAGGAGAAGUCCCCGAUGGGCUUUGGAGAGCGUGGAAGUGAAGGAAUAUCUUCAGGACGUACCCGUCAUUGUACCUGAUGCAGGGAAUGUGAAUCUCCAGGCGUAUCCGCUGGGGACUUUACAUGUAUAAUGUAUAAUACCGAUAUUGGAGGAUGGAGACUUGCAUACAUACUUUAGCUAAGGUAUGUGUAGACAGACUUCUGUUGUACCUACAUGAGGCUGCUGUGCAAGUUGUAUAUAGACAUCCGGGGGAUGUUCUGUCUUCUAGUGAAAACCAC